AUGGUGACGAUUGCGGGAAUGGCAUUUGCUAGCGCCGUCUCGAGCGAGAAGAACAUGCGUGUGACGUGGUGGUACAGUGUUGGGCGGUUUUUCUACGGCUGGAUUAUUGCAUCCGUCGGGCUGGUGAUCAGCUCGUACAUAAGCUUUGUGUUUCUACAGUAUAUCCUUGCGCGCAUGCAUGGCCAUUGGCGUGUGCUGGACACGAUCAAAGGAGACCGGCGUUUCCGUGCUUUGCAGGAAGCAGUGCACGAGCGUGGGCUGUGGAUGGCUGUUUUAUCGAGGUUUUGCCCCAUGCCGUAUUGUUAUACAAAUUUGCUACUUGCUUCGCUGGAUGCACUGCCCGUGUCAGUCUAUAUCCUCUCCUCUGUUCUAGCAUCCCCGCGCCUCAUGCUACACGUGUUUAUGGGCGCCAAAAUGUUUGAGCUUAUGGACAGGGACGUGCGCGCACACCAAGAUAUGGGCACGCGGAUCAUGAACGGGGUUUACGUCUUCAUUGGAUUUCUGCUUGGAAUAGGCAGCAGCUGGCUGAUUUGGCGCGAGACGAGUCGCAUACUGCAUCUGGAUUCAGAGGCAGAAUGGGCGCCUGUGGACGUCGAGGAAGACACAUUCAUCCUCAACGAUAACGACACAGAUGAAAUGUAA